AAGGUGGACGCGGCUCGUGUUAAUAUUGCAGACCGACCGGACCCGACCGGACGGGUGGACGCCUCUGAAAAAAAAUACACACAUUAAAAAAUUAUAGGAAAUUAAUAUCCGCAAUUAAAUCCAGCAUCCGGUUUCGGGCGAACAAUUUUCAAGUUUGGAAUAGAACGCGUCGACGAGCGAACUAUUGGGACGCGUGCGGGGAAAGUUUUCGGACGAAGUUCGGCUAAAGUUUCUCACGUGCGUGUGUGGACAGCGAACUAGUCGCGGGACGGAUUGGCUGGACGGUCGCGCGCCGCGUUCCACAUUCAAAAAGCCGAUUCCAUUUAUUUUAUUCAAAUUUAUUACUUUUUUUAUUAUUAGUGCAAAUUUUGUUAACGCGUUUUCGGCCUGGUUUUUUACGCGUUGCUCUGUUGCCAGACAUUGACUUCUAGUGACUUUGUUGAAGUUUUGUUGAUACUGUUUCUGUUGACUAACAUUUUUAAAGUGGUUUAUGGCGCCUGGACAGACUUGCACAUCGGACACAUGAUUCCAUAAACUCACAAGAAAAAAAACAAAAUCUCACAAUGGCGGACAAUCAACACUUCUGUCUGCGGUGGAACAACUACCAAAGCAGCAUAACGAGCGCGUUCGAGAACCUUCGCGACGAUGAAGACUUCGUGGACGUGACGCUGGCGUGUGACGGGAAGAGUCUGAAGGCCCACCGCGUCGUGCUUUCUGCUUGUAGUCCCUACUUCAGAGAACUGUUAAAAUCAACACCCUGCAAGCACCCCGUGAUCGUGCUCCAGGAUGUGGCAUUCACAGACCUGCACGCGCUGGUGGAAUUCAUCUACCACGGCGAGGUGAACGUUCAUCAGAGGAGUCUCUCCUCCUUCCUCAAGACCGCCGAGGUCCUCCGGGUCUCCGGCCUCACUCAGAACGAGGAUGUUCAGGGGCCGCUGCUGCAGAGCCUGCGAGCUACAACAGCCCCCUCCCCCCAUACGCCGCCGCACCCCGCGCAUAUCCCCCACACUGCCCACACCCCAACAUACUCUGAGAAACUUGAAGAAGCUCUCUCCCACGGUGGACCCUUCUCACGGCGAAUUCCCCUCCCCCCGCGACGCAUCAGCCGCUCUGCUGACAACUCCCCCGACGUCAUCAAACGCCCCCGGCACGACAACAAUAACACCGAGCAGAAUCAGGUCCACGAUUUCUCCACGAAAAACCACUCGAUGGUGAACAAUAGGAACCAUGCGGAACCGGGGAACAAUGGCAAUGGUAUCUCGAAUAGCAGCUCCUCCCCAUCCCCGAGGCUGAUGGACGAAGUGAAGAAUGAACCUCUGGAUAUGAUAUGCGUGCCCAAUGCUGACAUCGACAGAAGCACAGACGACACGCCACCGCAUUCGCAUCAUAGAAACCUUGGAGGCGGGCCGCCGUCCCGCGGCAGCUCGGCCGAGGCCGAUGACCGCACGCCGCCGCCACCGCUGCCGCCCUCUCCGUUCGUGCCACCAGAAAGCAAAUUUCCAUCCUACAACUUCACCAUGGCUGCGCUGACCGAAUCAUCGUUGGCUGGUCUGCAGAGCCCACUGACGCCGGACGGCAUGGCGAGCACGUCUCAAGUGGGCCCACUGGGCGCGGGGCACCGAUGCGAGGUGUGCGGCAAGCUGCUCUCGACGCGGCUCACGCUCAAGAGGCACACGGAGCAGCAGCACCUGCAGCCCCUGCACUCGGCGCGCUGCAGCCUCUGUCACAAGGUGUUCCGUACACUCAACUCGCUCAACAACCACAAGAGUAUUUACCACCGCCGCCAGCGCGGCCUGCCGCAGCAGGCGCAGCCGCAGAACCUCACCACCAGCCCCGACGCCAAACUCAACCUGCCCCACCCCCACCCCCACCCCCACCACAACAUCGACUUCUACAAGUUCAAAGAUCAAUUCAACGUCUAAACGAGGCUCGAGCCCGAUUACCUAAUCGGACUUUCUUUUUUCAUUUUAUAUUCUUUAUUUUAUACCUUUUUAAUCUCUAUCGGGAUACGUUGAUAUAUUUUAUGUUACUGUGUUAAGAUUUAUAUAAAAUAUUUAUUUCGUAUUUAUGAACUUUGAACUUGUGAAAUCUUGAUGGAACAUGACAAUGACUUAUGAAUGUAUUGCAUCGACGUCGACACUCUUGACUCGCUGACAUUCCAAUGAUGAUGUAGGGCGACCGCAGACUGACCGUUAUUACGGCAAAUAAUCAUUAUCUCUAAAUGCAAUGAUGUAGGACCGUGUACGCCCUAUAUAGUGCAAUACUGCAACAACCCCAACUUUUUACACUAUGUUUAAUGUGUGACAAUAAGGAGAAGAAAAAAUAAUAUUUUGAGAAAAGAUGAAAAAUCUUGGUGCUGUAAAUUUAUAUAUUAGGCUUAAAUUUAUAAAAAAAGAAACAGUGUUCGAAUAAAGUAACAAAAGAGGCAUAUUAUUUUCAACAUUGUGUUCAUAUUUCGGCGUAAUUGCAAUUUAUUUAUUUUUACCUGCAUGAUCUCACUCUUAGUUAUUUAUACGAGAUUACUAAAACAUAUUUAAAAAUAUAAAAAAAAAAUUAUAUACAUGAAUUAUAUAAUUGGCUUAUGAGGCUUAUUGAAAUCUUUCUUUUAUAGUUAGGAGUUUCUGUUUAUUGAAUGUAAGACUGAAUUGUUCAGGACAUAGCACCAGCAGACGGAAACCGUUCGGAUUUGGUUAUACAGAAAAUUAUCAGCAGAAAGUACUUGUCACAGCAUAUAAUACAUAAAAACCGGACUUGAAUACACUCCACAUACACACACACACAAUAAACUCCCGAGUAAUGGUACGUAAUACGAUUGUGAUUAAUAGAAAAUCUAACCAAAUAUUGCCCCGUGUGUUCAGGCCCUUAAUUACGUUGUUAUUAACAAUUCCCAAUUGCAACUGUAUAAUAUUGACGCGUUUGCGAUUUUCCAUGAACCAUUUCAGAGUUGCAAAUACGAGCUAAGUACGGCUCGCAAUUGAAACUGUUAUAUUAACCAUUCAUAACUAUAAAAUUGUGGAUGAAAAUCAGUUUCUAAUAAGUUUUAUUAUACCACGAAGUUGACAAUAGACCUGGUAAACGGUUACCGUGGCCUAUGGCCGUCUGAAACACCAGAAGUGUCUCGUGCGCGUUGCUGACCCUUAAGGAACCCCUUAUGUCUUUUUGAAAAAGCCGAUACAAUAUUCUCUGUAGAGUUCUGUAGCUCUAGUACAUCAGUUAUUAUUAACAUUAUUAGAUAAUUGAAAAACAAAUUUGUGUACAACAAAAAUCUGCAGAUUUUGCCCAACUGAAGAGGAAACGCCACUACACAUCCUGUGUGGUUGUAGCCCACUCAUGCAUAAACGGAAUAUCUCCUUUGGAAAGUACACUAUAUCCUGAGGAGAUAAAAACCAUCGCUCCUAAGAAUAUCCUUCAAUUCUUGUCCCUGACGGGUCUAGGUAGCGAACUCUGAAAUAGUGCGAGCACAACAGAUCUAUGUAGGUCGCAGUGCUACAGGUCCAAGCGACUGACAACAGCCGAAACCCCCAAUAAAAAAACAAUUAAAGGAUUUGAUCACAAUUGUGGACAGCGUACCAUCAUUCUGGAUCAUACAUACAAUAGCAACAUAAAUAAUAUACAAUGUUCACAAUUAUUUACAAAGUCGACACUUUCUAUACAAGUUAAUUUUAUUAUUUCGUCGGCUCUAUACAUUAGCUAUCUCUUUCUACAGCUAUCGCCAUGUUUCUAUGAAUGCACAGGACAGCAUUAUUUAGCCAAGUGAAUCGUAAGGUGCCAUUUUAAAGAAUGAUAUGGCUAUAUUAUUUUAUUUUAGUUUAGUCAGAUUUUUAGUUACAUUUUAAUUAGUCUUAUUAAAUGUGUUCGUUCUUUUAAUAAUUAUUAUUGUUUCGUUAAAUUCUCUUACAAUAGCUUAGCAUUUUUCAUUAUAUCUAUUUCUAUACAAUUAUACUUCAAUUUUUUGUGCGGUUUUGUACAAUGUCUACUUACAUAUGUUGCUGUUUCGUUGUACAAUAUGUAAUUUAAUUACACCAUUUAUUAUUAUAUAAAAUACAUAAUAGGUAAUAGUAUAAAUUUUGAAUAAUUCUCAGUGUUAAAUGUUCCUAAAUUUGAACAGUGUGAAUUUUUUAACUAUAAUGUUUUCAACUUGACAUUUAUCGAUAUUUUGCUUGCCAUAAAUAGUAGUAAUCGAUGUAGUCACGGGCCCCGCGACUUGCAAGUAUAGUAUAUCACAAUAAUAAUCAUAAUAAUCAGUCGGUACUGGAUAGUGGAUUCUAAUGCUAUGACGAGUAGGUUCGAAGUCGCGACGCCCGCGAGUCUACACACGAAAAUUGCGUUGUAUAACUUAAUUGUAGUUCAAUAUACAUCACUUUAUCGACAAUUAGUGUAUCGUAAAUCAUUUGUUAUGUUUCUUUCACGGUAGCAAUAAGAAAUCUUAAAUGUAAUUGUAACACAUAAUUUAUUGUAAAACAAUAGUGAACACUUUUAGUAAUUGUUAGUGCCUACUUUUACAUUAUUGUUUUCAUUGUGAAAAAAAGACAUAUUUUGCGAAAACUUCUAAAUAUUUAGGAGUAGUGUUGGAAACACAUCUUACUUAUUUAGUAAUUGAUCAGUGCUUUAUACUUUAAACUAACGAGAGGCUUCCUAAAGUAAAUGUAAUGCUAUAUUUUAUAAGAUUCUGUUGUUAUUACUAGAUACAUAAAUGCUUAGCCAUUACAACUUGUUUAGUUAUUUAGUAAGCUUUAUUAUUAAAUUGGAAGCUAGUGUUUUGGUGCUAAAUUGGAAACAUGUUAGAGAAAAUGUAAGAGAAAAAAAAAAGCAAAAACUCGAAAUUCGUAUGGUGUAUUUAAAAAGUUUUUUCGCAACAUUCCUUAUGAUGAGAACUGUUAAGUUUUUAUUUGCACAAAUUGCAAAGUUUCGACGCGAGGCGUAGGUUUGUUGUUUUAUGUCUAGUAAUUUUAGUGAUAGAUUUUCUUGUUAAUUUGGGUUUGGGAAUUAAAUUAGUUGACUAACUAGUUAUAAGGUUUAUCUGAAUUCAUAUAGUUAAUAGCUUCUAUAUGUUUAAUUUACGAUUACAGGGAUGUGCUGCGAUGGCAGUACGGUCAUAAUUUGGCUAAUCUAUGGUAGCACUGCGGAGAGCUUGUGAAUUUAUUUAUUAUAAAAAAAAAAUGAAAGUUAUAUCUGGAUUUUUAAAAAGAAUGCCAAAAUCUAAUAAGCGCUAUAGACUGAUUAGAGUAAGUACGCGUUUGAAUUGUACACUAUUAGGCAUAUUUUAUAAAUAAAAAUUGUACAUUAUUUACUAAAUUAACAAUUUUAUAAAAAGCCGUCGUUGUGGCGAAUUGACGAAGCGUGAUUUCUUUUUGUAUUAUUCGAAGAAAAAAUUGUGAUCGUGAUCUUUAUUUGACGCUGUUAGGUGCUAAGUUAUUUUGGGAUCUCAAAGGGCCGUGGGCCCUUCUGGGUUUUAAUGGGCGAGAACUACACCGUGUUCUAAGGAGCAGAACACAUCCCUGUCAAAACUAUAUUAGAUAGUCUCUUAGCAAGUUUAAGACUGUUUCUGUGACCUGUUUAAGUUUUUACUUUCUAUCGAGUUAAGGUGUUUUUUUUUUCUAUGCGUCGCAGUCGCGCGCCCACCUUGUACAAUGUGUUCUUAUAAUUCUUGUUGGCAUUUUUACUUAUUUUAUAAGGGAUCUAAAUUAAUUUAUUGGUUGUUGUAUUGAAAUUUUAUAUUUUUUUUUUCCUUAAAUUAUUAUAUGUACUAUCAGUAAAUGUUUUUGUUGACAGUUUAACAUCUGUGUAAUGCAGUCCAUUCUAUUUUAAUUGCCGUCGUGCCAAAUUGUUGACUUUUAAUUUUUCGUCUUCCAUUUGAUAUUCUGAUGUCUCUAUAUCUACUAAUGUAAGAGUGCCUACCGCUCGUGAAACAGUUUCUAAUUCAAUCAAUGGUGUCCGCAAUAGAAUUAAAUGGACUGCAACCACGUACUAACAUUAGGGACUAUUAUCGAAAUGAAUUAACAUCACAUAAUUAUUAUUGUAUAUGAAUAGCUCUAUUCCUUCCUUACUUUUAUUAAAGAUACUUGACGUAACUCAUAAAAUGUAAUUGUAAUCGUUAAACCGAACUUCAUAAAUCCUAAUAUUGAUGAUAA